GUUCGACAGAUGACGCAUUCGACAAUUGUUCGGGAAAUCGUAGAAAAACAUAAGUUGCUUUCAGUUUAGAAAUUUGUUAUUUAUCGUCUGUGAUUGCCGUGAAAACCGUCGCUAGGUUUUCUUCACCAGUACACCCAACAGCGCCAGCACAGUGAAAAAACGAUGAGUUUCUUCGGGAAGCUGUUUUCGGGGAAAAAGGGCGAACCAGCCCCGACACCGAGCGAAGCGAUACAAAAGCUGCGAGACAUAGAAAAUAUGCUCACCAAAAAGCAGGAGUUCCUAGAGAAGAAAAUCGAGGUCGAGAUUGAUACGGCCAGGAAAAAUGGUACCAAAAACAAACGAGCGGCCAUCCAGGCUCUGAAGCGGAAGAAGCGGUACGAGAAACAGCUACAGCAAAUCGAUGGCACACUUUCGACGAUUGAAAUGCAGCGAGAGGCGCUGGAGAAUGCGAACACAAACGCCGAAGUGCUGAAGACGAUGAAGAAGGCUUCCGAUGCGCUUAAAGUUACCCAUAAGGAUAUGAACAUUGAUGAUGUGCACGAUCUGAUGGAUGACAUUGCCGAACAGAACGACAUUGCGAACGAAAUUUCCAAUGCCGUGUCCAGUGCCGUCGGCUUCGGCCAGGACAUCGAUGAGGACGAGCUGGAGAAGGAGCUCGAGGAGCUGGAGCAGGAAGAGCUGGACAAAGAGCUGCUGGGCGUGCAGCCAGAAACGGACGAGCUACCCGAGGUUCCCUCCACGGACUUGCCGGCCAAGGCGAAGGAGAAGGAGAAAAAGAAAGCUGCCGUCGCCGAAGAAGACGAUCCGGACAUGAAGGAGUUGAUGUCAUGGGCAAACUAAUUCUGACCGGCUCAGGAGGUGAUGAUCAGUCAACCACACACACAUAUUGCAUAAAAGAGAGGACCGUACUCUUUUUGUGUGCAGUUUGCUUACAUUAGUGUUUAAUUUUGUGCGAAGUUAAUCCACUUACAUUUAUUAUUUGCGUUCGUUCGCCUGGAUGCAGGAUGCUAUCCGCCGACAGUGUAGAAGACAAUUUCCAGACAGACACAACAGUCAGACCGUGUUUAAUAUGUUUAUGAGUUUGUUUUUGUAGUGAGAGGGGAAGAGUCGCGUUCAGCGUCAUUUGGUUUCGGCAUAUGGUUUUGAAACGAACUGCAAUCAUUAGCAUGUAGUGCAGCUGAAUGUGAUGCAUUGCACAGAGGGAAGAAAACCAGGCGGGAAAGGUACCGGAAUGCUCGUGAAAAGGGAGGAUCGGAUGGACGUGAAAAGGACGUUUGUUUGACUAAACAAUGGGUGCAAGUAACAAAACUCGAUCAAACAAACUUGUGCAAAUAAACGAAGAAAUGAUCAAAACA